CUGGCGGCGGCGCCGCUUCCUUCUCCUCCUCCUCUUCCUGCUCCGCCGGGGCAGCCACCCGCGGGCGGGAGAGACCCCCGAAAGCCCGAUGCUGUCUCCUUAAGAAACACAAGUGACUUAUCUCUGAGUUAUGCCCUCCAAAAUCCCACAAGAAAUCUCUUCAGAAAUAUAUGUAGUUCCUUUGAUUAUACCAUCCUGAAGCCUUUUGGUGUGCUCUUAAAGGCGCUUGAUUCAGGCACUUAUAAUGGAGCCUACAUCACCCAAAGGAAAAUGUAUCAAGGACUUCAAGAGAAUCGACUUGUUAUGUUUAGUCUUAAUGUGCUUGGUAGCCUUAGUUUCAUCUGAUCAAAAUUAUUAUAGUUUACUUGGAAUAUCCAAAGAAGCAACAAGUAGAGAAAUAAGGCAAGCUUUCAAAAAAUUGGCAUUAAAGUUGCAUCCUGACAAGAAUCAGAACAAUCCAGAAGCACAUGAAAACUUCUUGAAAAUAAACAGAGCAUAUGAAGUUUUAAAAGAUGAGGAUCUGCGAAAGAAGUAUGAUAAAUAUGGUGAGAAAGGUCUGAAGGAUCACCAAGAAGGAGGUCGCUAUGAAAGUUGGCACUAUUAUCGCUACGAUUUUGGUAUUUAUGAUGAUGAUCCUGAAAUAAUAACAUUAGACAGAGGAGAAUUUGAUGCUGCUGUUACUUCUGGAGAAUUGUGGUUUAUAAACUUCUAUUCCCCUCGAUGUUCACAUUGCCAUGACUUGGCACCAACGUGGAGAGAAUUUGCUAAGGAAAUGGAUGGACUAAUACGUAUUGGAGCUGUAAACUGUGGUGAUAACAGAAUGCUUUGCCGGACUAAAGGAAUUAAUAGCUACCCAAGCCUGUAUGUGUUUAAAACUGGAAUGAAUCCAGCAAAAUAUUACGGAGACAGGUCAAAGGAGAGUUUAAUGAGUUUUGCCAUGCAGUUUGUCACAAGCUCAGUGACAGAAUUAUGGGCAGGAAACUUUGUUAACUCGAUUGAAACUGCAUUUGCCUCUGGUAUUGGCUGGUUAAUUACCUUUUGCACUGAACAUGGAGAUUGUUUAACUUCCCGCACACGCCUUAAAUUGUCUGGCAUGUUGGAAGGCCUUGUUAAUGUAGGCUGGAUGGACUGUGCCACCCAGGGUGAGCUUUGUGAUAAUUUGGAUAUCUCAUCUAGCAGUACAGCAUACUUUCCACCUGGAGCCACUUUAACUAAUAAAGAGAAAGGAGGUGUUUUGUUCCUAAGCACUUUAGAUGCCAGAGAGAUCUAUUUGGAAGUCAUGCACCAUCUCCCAGACUUUGAAAUGAUCUCAGCAUCAACGUUCAAGGAUCGCCUGGCUCAUCAUCGGUGGCUGAUAUUCUUUCAGUUUGGUGAGAGCAGCAAAUCAGAUGCCCAUGACCUUAAAAAGUUACCUUUUCUCCUUAAGGUGGAAAAUAUUCAGGUUGGCAAAUUUGACUGCCUUACUGCACCAACCAUCUGUAACAAUCUGUAUGUUUAUGAACCAUGUGUAGCAGUCUUUAAAGGGAGGGGAAUGGAAGACUAUGAAAUCCAUCAUGGGAAGAAGAUUCUGUAUGAUAUAGUGGCAUUUGCCAAGGAGAGCGUGAAUUCGCAUGUCAUCACUCUUGGACCUCAGAAUUUUCCUGGCAAAAAGAAGGAGCCCUGGCUCGUUGACUUCUUUGCUCCUUGGUGUCCCCCCUGCAGAGCUUUAUUGCCAGAGCUGAGGAAAGCUUCGAAGCAGCUGUAUGGCCAACUGAAAGUUGGUACAUUAGAUUGUACAGUUCAUGAAGGGAUUUGCAACAUGCACAACAUUAGAGCUUAUCCAACCACUGUGGUAUUCAACCAAUCUAACAUUCAUGAAUAUGAAGGACAUCACUCCGCUGAGCAGAUCUUGGAGUUUAUCGAGGAUCUUAUGAACCCAUCAGUAGUUUCUCUGACACCUGAGACCUUCCAUGAGCUAGUGAAGAAAAGGAAGGAUAAUGAAAUUUGGGUGGUUGAUUUCUACGCACCCUGGUGUGGUCCUUGUCAAGCUUUAAUGCCAGAAUGGAAGAGGAUGGCCAGGUUGGUGAAUAGCCUGAUUGCAGUUGGCAGUGUGGACUGUCAAAAAUAUUUCUCUCUCUGUCACCAAGAAAACAUUCAAGGCUAUCCUGAAAUAAGGCUCUUCCCGCAAAAAUUGGUUUCAUCCUAUCAAUAUUAUAGCUACAAUGGCUGGCAUAGAGAUGCCUAUUCACUAAGACGAUGGGCACUAGGGUAUUUACCGCAGGAGUCUGUGGAUCUUACUCCUCAGAGCUUCACUGACAAAGUUCUGAACGGGAAAGAACACUGGGUCAUUGACUUCUAUGCUCCUUGGUGUGGCCCUUGCCAGAAUUUUGCUCCAGAAUUUGAGAUCCUUGCGAAGACUGUUAAAGGAAAGGUGAAAGCUGGGAAAGUUGACUGCCAGGCUCAUGCUCCAACCUGUCAAUCUGCUGGCAUCAGAGCAUAUCCAACAGUUAAAUUUUAUCCUUAUCAAGGAACAAAGAAAAAUGCACUUGGAGAACAGAUAGACAGCCACGAUGCAAAAGCCAUAGCUGAACUACUGAUGAAGAAAGUAGAAGACCCGAAAAAUAAGCAAAAAAAAUCUUCCAGAAAUAAGGAUGAACUCUGAGUCAUGGAAUGAAUUUGAAGCGUAUUGAAGCUGUGGCAGAGGGCAAAUUAGAUCAUCUUCUUCAAGUAGGAAAAGAACUGCAUGGGGAUUCAUGGGCACAUGGGUUCUCCCCGUGAAUGCUACAGAACUUGCUACGGAUGCUUCGGAGUGUGCAUUUCUAAUGACUCUGGUGGCCAUGGUGGCAUGCUCACUGCAUACAAAGGAGGAUUUUAUUUUUCCACUUAUGGACUUGGUCGGUAUCUGGAGGACCGCAAGGGUAUCUUUUUCCCAAUCCUUCUCUUGUGCUGAGAACGAGCCUAUCUCCAUCACCUGGAAAACAGCAGGCGGACACACACUAUAGUACAGAAAGACUAAAAGAGCAUUCGCUCGCUCUCUGUUUCUCUCUCUCUUUCUCUCUCUCUCUCUCUCUUUUGUAUUGGAAGAAGAACGGUCUGAAACAACUUUUUUACCUCAGUAUUUGUCCAGGAUUCACUGGGUAAAUUGAAGUAUGUGUUUGGGGAAGCUCAGCUUACCUGUGUUAUAGAAUGUUAACUUCUGGACUGAUCCCAGAGCCGUUUGGAAGAGCGCUCAAGUCAUCCUCAGUGUGUGUGACGAUUUCAGUGCACAGCACCAAGGGGCAAAGGCUUGCUUGUGUUAGCUCUCUGCUUCUUCAUAUGCAUAAGCUGCCUUUAGAGGCUGAGGGCUCCACUGUCAAUAGGGAAGUGUAACCACUCCAGGUCAUAGUCUGAACUGUAAGGCGCCGUCUUGGUGCUGAUCCCUGUCCCAGUGACAUUGGCGCUACCAGCUGGAAACUGCUAUGCAUGAAUUCUGGCUUUUGGAACACCGCUGAAAAUGCACCAAAACCAAGGUAGCCUUUCCUUUUCUUUUAGUGGUAUACAGACAGCUGGUUCCAACAGGUGGCAGCAGAUGCACAUGGUGCCGAGGGUUAAAGCAGCUAUGAGCCAGCAGUACCCAGUCUUUUCACUGGCCAUGGGAUGGUGUCCUGAGGACAUGGUGCCAGAUAAGCAAGAUUCAGAAUGCAGCUGAAGCUUCCCCAUAUCAAAGCAGAUUUACCUUGAAACACAAGCCCUUAGCUGAGUGCAUCCACAUGCUUUGCCACAGACAAGAAAAAGUGUAGAGGGUGGUGAGCUUGUGUCAUGGCAAAUUCAUCCUGGUUUUAAAGCAGGAUCCUGAAGUCAGUGUUGGAGGCACAUAUUUAAUCUGUUUUGACAGCAGCCUGCUCUUAAAAGCAAACUGUUAAAAUGUAAAUGCUGCUUUUUUGUUGUUAGAAUUUGUAGUGCCUUCUGAAUCUUCACUGGUCAGCAGUGGUAAAUUUUUUCAGGAGGUUAUGCUACUGGAAAUUGUUUGAGGUUUUCUCAUCAGACUGUGAGUCUGGGGUGGUGGGGGUGGUGUGCAAAUACAUUUUUCCAGUGUUGAAUUGACACUUGUCAAUUUUGAAAUUAUUUCUAAGCAUUUAAAAGCAAAGCUAGUUGGGCAAUGCUUUAUUAAUAUAAUUUAAAUACAUUGAUAUCUUCUUAUCCAAAGUUAUUUCUUACAACAAAUAAAUAAUUUAAAAUCAAAAUGCCGCAGAAGAUUGUGGAAGGCUUCCAGAACUCUUUGCUGGUUUUAUGAAGUGCCCUGGAGCCUCACAGCAGCAUGUGUAGAGAUGAAGACAGCACUGUUGCUAUUUUACGAGUACUUGAAUACAAUAAUAAAGAGUUCUGCAGAACUUGAAAGCUUCCACAACCUUUUGUGGCAUUUUAGUUGCUUCCACUGUAGCUAUUGCCCAACUAUGGAUUUUUGGCAGCUGGGCAGUCUGUUAGUAGUAUCUGUGCAUAUUCAUGCAACAUCAAUUUGUAAACUUUACAUAAGAAAUUUUGAAUAAUCUUUCCCUUUAAAAAUGAAGCGUUGCAUUCCUACAUAUUGGCACAAAAUUAGUAACAGCAUUACCUUUCUUUACAAUUGCAUUCAUCUACCAUUUUUUAAAAAAUGCAAUACAUGUAAUCCUUUUCAUGUAUGCAUAAAAAUUAUUCUACACAUGCAGAGAUCAGGGGAACUGUAUUAAGAAAGAGACAGUUCACACUACUGUGUGAAGAAAACACAGCAAUGCACACAGUGGCCGCUCAUAUAUGACUGUGCCCUUCUUUUGAAAUCACCAACCGUUUUUCUUCCAAGGGUGAGAUUCCUCUGAGACCAUCAUACUCAUCUGAUGAUUUAUACCAUCAGAAUUAUGGUUAGUGUUAUAGGGAGUUAAAUCACCUUCUGCUUAUCUCCAUUAGCAAAACACAAGGACAGAUAUAAUCAACCACAGUAUUGUUUCUAAGGAUAUUAUACUUGUUUAUGCUGCAUCCAUUCCUACCGUAGUCCAUUAUUGCUUGGUCUUGAUUACAGAUGGUUCCAUGCAGUGUGUAUCCUUCCAGUUUAAAUUCAUAUUUCAUAACCUCCAUUCUCUUAGAGGCAACUAACAUCUCUUGAAGAAACAGUGUUGGAUGGAUUCUAAAUUAGUUUCUCAUUCAGUAUCUUAGUAACGUAUUUGUGAGGUCAUGUCAGGGGUAGGAAGAUCCAUUUGCUUUAAGCUCAUUGUAUAAAUCACCCUUUGUGAACCUGAUCCUUUCCACUUACGUUGGAUUCCACCCUCACCCAGCACGGUCAAGGAUAAGUCAAAUUUGGGAAGGCUGGUGUGAUCUCUUGUGGAAGUAGGAAGGGACAAAAGCUGGUAUUCCAUGAAAUAGUUUCUUUCACGAAGAGUCAUGUUGUAUUGUGAUCUAUUUGAGAAAGUUUGGUGGAGACACAUCAGAAUCUACCGUGGACUCAUCCAUGAAGCUAUUAGAUCCUGCUGGCUUAUCCCACCACACUGCCAGCUUAUCCCACAAGAAUCUGUAAAAUCCGAGCAAGAAGCAUCCAACUGUAAAGUUCUUUUACUUAUUUGUGUAUAUAUAUAUGCAUACUUUCUCAUACUAGCAGAGGUUAUCUUGUAUUCCUUGUCAUCUGGAAUACAAAGUAACCUCUGCCAGCACCAGCAACAGGAAAAAUUAAUAACAGGUAAUGCUAUUACAUUAAAGACAAGGCCUGCAAUAAUUCCAAUUUUGCUAAUGUUAGGUUCUUCCCAACAAGAAAUGGCCCCAACAAGCAGAUUUAAUGGCUGUGAUCCAAAGAGGGGACUGUGUGCAGAGGAGAAAAUCAAAGGGAUUUUUUUUCCCCUGUUCCCACUGCUGAAGAGUCGCAUCAUUUUUCAGUUAAGAAGCUGUCUGUUGAACUGUUGUGAAUUACUGCAGCAAAACAUCAUUCAUGUUCUAACUUGAACCCUGCAGUUCCUGUAUGCAAGAGUGGAGGUCCUUGCAGUAAUCAAACAUACUGUUUCUCUCCCCCCCCCCCACUUCUUCAAGGACCAAGAUGUUCCAGGGUUUGGUUUCUUUUAUGGAAAGAGAUCACCAGGCACGUAGGGUGUUUUUGUACUAUUUGAGCUGAUGUGCAAAUGAGCAGGUUGAGCAAAGCUGGAGGCACGUAAAAUCUAUUCCAUGUCUUUUAAUGACAUUGUGAACCAGAGACUGAAGGCCAGAUUGGGUGCUAUGGUUGUCAUGGUUAAUCCCUUCCCAUGUCUCUCUCAUGCAACUGAAAAGUCCAUGUGCUGUAAUGUAACUCCAUCGGUGCCUCUCUGCACCAGUUCAUUGCCUGCUGAUUGCAGGGGUUGGGGAAGCGGAUGUAACUCUGCAUUACAAGGAGAUGCAGUCAGUGGCUCAUGUGCCUCUUCCCUCAAUUUGUUUAAAGCCUGCCUGAGUUAGAGACAUUCUUUAGGCACUGCUCCAGUAGCAGAGCAUCAUGCUGUAGGCGUGUUACAUCUUAAUUGUGAAAACAUCCUGUGCAUCCUAUUCAGGCUUAAAUCUGAAAUACCUACGCAGAACUUAACACUGGCAAGAAAAUGCAUGCACGAUCUGUUCUGCAUCUCUCUUCUGUUAACAGUGUUUGCAUGUUGGCAAAGACUGCAAAAGAGUCCCACAGAGUGCAUGACAGAUGAACGUGUAUCGCCACUGCUCCUGCUACGGAAAUGCAGUCACUGCCUUACACGGGGAUAAUCUGUGUCUCUUGUUUUAGCCGAAGCCAGAUUUGCACAGCGUUCAUUGGAAGGAUCUUUUGCCAACAACGAAGCCUAAAGCAAAUGCUUCAGACAAACAUUUGAUUUGAGAAUCACGCAGACACUUGAAAAGCAAAGCCGAGGGUGAACUACCGAAUUCAGACAGUCAGUUUUAGAUUGUGAGUCGGGCAUGUGUGUCGGGACAGGAGCAAAGAUGGGGAAAGGCAGCUGUGUCAUGCCCUUUGCGCCAGCACCAAUUUCUGUGUACUUCUUCCAAGAGAAACUUUUAUAUGUCUGGUUUGAAAUUUUAGUUUGUAUUAGGACUAUUUGUGGGUUUUUUAAAUGGUAAAAAAUUGAGAGAAAAGCAUUUGCUCUGUUUAGUUAUAAAACAUAUUUGAACAAUGAUUUUGGCACUGGAAAUAGUGAGUUUUGUUUGGUCCUUUAAGCAGGCAAGUUUAGUGAUCCGGAGCUACAACCAGCAAGAGUUCUUGUCUUACUCCUUGAUUGUUUUAGUUGUAAGCCAAAGUUUAUAAUAAAUUUGAUUUUAAUAUUUCUGGA